AGCAAAGCGCACCCGUCCAGAUACACACGCGCACGCACCCGCACCCGCACCACCAGUCCACCAGGCCGGCGCCGCCCAAAACCUCCGCGUCUCCCCUCCACCAUGGCCUCCUUCUUCGCCGACGACGGCGCCGACGAGCUCCCGCGCACCGCCUCCCACCCCUUCGACUCCGACGACUUCGGCGCCGCCGACCCCGCCGCGGCCGGCGGCGACGACGCCGGGGGGUACGGUGGGUACUCCUCCUUCGCCGACGGGGGAGUCGAGGAGGUGGAGGAGGAGAUCACCGUCGAGUCCGAUGGGGUCCCGAUCCGCCACGUCUCCGGGGGUUACUCGCCCUCGCCCUUCUCCCCCGACCUCGAUUCCAACGGCGGCGACGGCCCGAUCCUGCCGCCGCCGACCGAGAUGGGCCGGGAGGAGGGCUUCCUCCUCCGCGAAUGGCGGAGGCAAAAUGCUAUAGAACUUGAGAAAAAGGAACAGAGGGAGAAGGAGCUACGUGCCCAAAUAAUUGCUGAAGCUGAAGAAUUCAAGAUAGCUUUCUAUGAGAAGAGGAUACAGAACUGCGAGACAAAUAAGGUCCACAACAGGGAAAGGGAGAAGAUUUUUGUAGCCAGUCAGGAGAAAUUCCAUGCUAGCGCGGACAAGCAGUACUGGAAAUCGAUUUCAGAGCUCAUUCCGCAUGAAAUAGCCACCAUCGAGAAGCGGGGGGGAAAGAAAGACAAGGACAAGAAGCCAUCCAUCACAGUUAUUCAGGGCCCGAAGCCAGGCAAGCCCACGGACCUCUCCCGGAUGCGCCAGGUCUUAGUGAAGCUGAAGCAUGCUCCUCCGCCACACAUGCUGCAGCCUCCACCAGCGCCUGCUGCCAAAGAAGGCGCAAAGGAUGGCGCCAAAGAAGGUGCGAAGGAUGGUGCGAAAGAAGGAGCGGCAGCCCCAGCAAACGGCACAAAGCAGCCUGCAGAGAGCAAAGAGACCCCCGCCAAUGGCCCAUCCGAGGCGGAGAAAGAGCAGCCUGCAGCGUCGGAGUGACUUAAAAAAGGGUAGCAUUACAGAAACACAAGAGCCUUGACUGUGCGUAGAUGGAAGCUUGUUUUAUUUCUGAUCUGCAGACUAUGUAUCCUGUAGCGAUCUUUUGUAGAGAUUUGCAUCAGGAUGGCUUUAUAUCAGCGAAGAACAUUCAUGUUAGUAUCACAGCAGCUGUAUCUUUACUGUUUUCUACCUUGCCCAACCAAGUAGUAUGCUUGUGAUCUCAAGUUCAGAUCUGAAACUGUUACGAGAGCUUAACUGAAUACUGGAUGAUAGACUACUGCUGCAACAU